AUGUACACUUCAAGUGUCGGAGAGGAAGACCAGAACCUAAAGUCGGGAGUCUUGUCAUUGUCCGGAACAGGCUUUUUUGGUGCUGUUGGUCGGAGCUUAGACUUGGGAGGCCAAACUGCUUUGGCUUUGAGACUUCUCCUGGCGGUUUUCUCUUCCAAGUUAUCUUCUGUAGCCGACCGGCCUUUCGGAGAUGAGUUUCGUGCUGCUCGGAAAGCGUCUGAGGAAGUUGGUGCGCAGCUGGUUCUUGGAGAUCGACCUAUCGAAAUAACACUUCAAAGGGCGUGGAACUCGUUGAAAUGGGGAGAGAAAGUUAACCUGGUGAUGGGUGUGACACGGGCAAUCACAUCGUCAUCUAGUAUAUCCGCAGCAGAGCUCAAGGAACAAGAGUCCAAGGAAAGCAAUGGAAAUUUGCAGCUUUAUGAACGGCUAAGUUUCUCAUACCCAUCUCUCCUACAGCCACUAAUACACGAAAGAGACACGUAUCUUGCUUGGUCGUUGAAGAGGAGUAAGGCGGUGAAUGGGUGUAAAACGGUGGUGGGUGUGAUCGGAAAAGGACACAUGAAUGGUGUAAUCUACGCGUUGGUAUCGGACUCUGGUGAUCUCCGGUUUAGAGAUUUGGUGGGAAGAGAAGAUUCUUCUGAUGGUGGUACAUCGGACGGCUGGAUUCAAAUGGCUUUGAAGAGCCUCGCAAGAGAUACAAUUUUAGGGCUCGUGUUGUGGGAGUUAUAUGAUCAGUAUCUCAAGUUUAUGAUGAUGACCCAAAACCCUUCAUGA